AUGGCUUCACAAUUUGUUCUUUUCGAUAUCCCUGACAAGAAUGGCAGAGCGUGGUCAUUUAACACUUGGAAAACUCGCCUGGCUCUCAACUACAAAGGCGUUGAUUACAAGACCGAGUGGCUUGAGUAUCCCGAAAUCGGGCCACGAUUGAAAGCUGCGGGGGUUGAAGGAGAUUCUGAACAGUACACACCAUAUACCUGCCCUACGGUGCAGUUUCCCGAUGGGACCUAUGUCAUGGACAGCGCAAAAAUCGCCAAACGUCUCGAAGAAGAGUAUCCUGAGAGGCCCCUAGAUCCCGAAAAUGAUUUAGCGCAGGCUGCUUCUCAAUUCCAGCGCAAGAUUUGGGGUCCACUGCAGCCCGUCUUGAUGCCCGAAGUUUACCGAACGAUACUUGGCGAACGCAGCAAGCCUUUCUUCUGGGAUACUCGGAAGAAGGAUUUGGGUGGCAUGACGAUCUACGAAUUUGAGAACGACUACGGCGGCGAGAAGGCUUGGGAGAAGGUCAAGCUGCCCCUUCAAGAGGUAUCUGCUCUGCUCAACAAGACGGAAGGGCCCUUCUUCCAGGGCAGCCAGGUGUCAUAUGCCGACUUCAUCUUGGUGGGCUUUCUUGAAUUUGUCAAGAAGUACGCAUUUCAGCACUACCAGAGAAUAAUUGGGCUGUCCAAUGGGCUAGACAAGUUGCAUGAGGCUUGUCUUCCAUGGUUAGAACGAGACGACUGA